CUGUCAAUGCCAUUGAAUUGUUAAAUGUCACUUUUUCCUUCACUUUCAUACAUUUCACUUCAUAGAUCACUCAUUUUCAUUUUUUCGCGUUGCGUGGCGCUUCUUUCGUUCGUGUUAGUUGUGCGAGACUGCGAGGUGGGCGUAAAGUUUAAAAUAUCACGAAACGAAAUUGUGGAAUUUUUCAAAAAGUCCCCAAAAUAUAAAAUAUUUUUUAAUUGAGCCAUUUUCCAAAUUACAGCUGUACGGUACAGGAAACAUCACAAAUAGAAAGUUUUGAAGUGGAUUCAUACUACGAAUUGAAACUUGCGGACGUUCUACUUAGAUCUAACUUGGUGUAAACAAGUUGAGUGAUAAUGUCAAACACUUUAGACGUAAUAACAUUUGAAGACUUAGAAGCCACUGACGUCAUCACUGUGGAAUUGGUGCCUGAGCGUAAAGGUCUCAUAUUGAAGCAUUGUGAAUACUUUGUUAGCUCACGGAGACACGGCACGACAGUCACGAGGCGAUACAAUGAGUUUGUACAGCUGUAUGAUGUCUUGUAUGCUAAAUACCCAUACCGUGCAGUUUGCCGCCUGCCUCCGAAGCGCGUCGUGGUCGGUGGCGGAAGUCCUCGCUUCUUACAGCGGCGCCGUGCAGCGCUUCAGCGGUGGCUGACCAUUAUAUCCAGACAUCCUGUAUUGGCCCAUGACGCAGACCUGAGGACCUUCCUCUGCGAGACCACGGUCAGGUUGGAGAAGCCGAAGCAUGAUGAGUUCGUGCUCGCCGGCAGUCAGGGGGAUGCGGUGAGAAACAUGUCCAUUGACAUGAUGCAGGCAGCUUUUGCUACGGAGCAAGAACAGCUGCGUCUUAUCCAACUAGGCCUGGGCAGGCUGUACCAGAUCUGCGAAAGAGUUGAGAAUCGAAGUGAGGCGGAAAGAGCAGACAUUCGAGAGUUGGGUGCCGGUUUGAACUCUCUCUCAGCUCCCACCACCUCUGACUCGGCGCGGUGGAUCUGCGUCAAGGAGGCGUUGAGGGCGGCCGCUGACCUCGCAACAGAAAAGGGCGAAGCGCCAACCGACGACGACGACUUCUCCGAGGAGGGCCCCGGGGGGCGCGUGGUGCUGGCGCUGGACGCGCUGGGCGCGCUGCGCGAGCUGUGCGCGCGCCUCUCGCGCGGGCUGCACGCCGAGCGCGCGCUGGCGGCCGCGCACGCGCCGCACAACGCCGCCUCGCAGCUGCUCAGGGAGAGGCAUGGUUACGCGCUGCGGUGUUCUUUGGAGGAAGCAAAGGUAGGUCGCGCCUACGCCUUGGCCGCUCUGGAGUCCCUCCCGGAGUUGUUCCGUCGCCACGGCACCACGCAUGCGCGCGCCGCCGCGCUGUGGGCCGAUCUCCAUACUGCGCUGAGGCACCCAAGAGCUGCCCAUGUGCAUAAGUGACGAUAAAGUGACUGGCUACUAAGGUUUUUUGUGAAAGCUUCAUACAAAAAAAAAACGUGAUUCCGUAUAAUUAUAUUUAAACUUGGAACGCUCGAGGCAACCGACUCACCAGUGACGUGACGCGCCCCGUUCGUAAUAAAACUUCUUGGUCGCGUUGAUAUUUCGCGCUAUUUAUUUAUUAUUUUUUUAUAUACAAAUAUAUAGGUACGGCACGUCGAUAAAAUUACUGGCUGAUGAAGACCAUUGAUUGAGAAUUUUUGUAAAAACAAAACUGAAAAAAAUUAGAGUAAAGGACAGUCGAUAAACAUAAGAUUUUUUUAUUUGAAAUUUUGUGUUUUUGGUGUUUGCUUUUGUUAGUGCUUGGAACUGGUGGUAGACCGUUUAGUUUUAAAUAAUGAAUCUAAUUAUGAAUCUGAUCAAACAUUAUUGUACACGUAAGUUGAAAAAGUGGUACUUAGUACCACAAAAUUUGAUAAUUAAGUUUUAAGUUUUUAAGGUAAAAUUGAUAUUAAUUAACGUGUUGUCUAAAAUCAAAGACAAAGCAUCAGCAGUUAAACCAGAGGCAACUCAUAGUUUGUUCUUUGAGGUUUUUAAAGACAAAAGUAAACAAAUUAUUAAAUGACUGGCCAUUCAGUCAAUGCUGUAUACACAAUUAUAGUAAAUUAUAUUGAUUGGUGAAAUCAUAGGAACCACGUGAUUUUUAAGCGUCUGAAGGAUUAUUCGGCGUAGAUCUAAUUUUUGCUAACUUUAUAAUGCAAUUAUCAUUUGUAGUAUUAAAUGUACAAAAUUGACCAAACAUUGUAGACUCUGUGAUACGUAGAAAAUAAAAGCAGCUUUUAUGAUAACUAGCAGAAGCCGCAUUUUUGAAAUAACAAAUGAAAAAAUUAUCUUAUAUUAUAGUUAAGGUAAAUUACCAAUUAUUAAUAACCUAUAUAUUUUGUUUCAUAAUUAUUGAUACAUUCCAAUAGGUUAACUUAUGUAGAAAAUAUUAUUGUAUUGAUUUGAUUAUAUAUAUGUUGAAUUUAUGUAAUGUUAUUAACUAAAUAAUAAUAGUAAAUUUGUAAACAAUA